GAGAAGUCACACAAUAGAAAGUCAAAGCCAAGAUACUUGGGACCGUUUGAAGUCAUUGGGCAAUCUAAAGGUGGAUCGUAUGUAUUGCGGGAAUUGGAUGGCACCUUCAUUCGACAAGGAGUAGCACCUUUCAGACUCCUACCCUAUCACGCACGAAGCGAAGACUAUCUACCG